AUGGAGUCCAUCUCGCUACCAUCAGCUCUCCCCGAGCCAUUACAGCGCGUCCACCUGGCGCAUUUCUCCAACCUCGAUCCUGAAACCCAAUCCUCCGCCAUCAUCCGGCGCAUCAUCUCGGCCUCCCAGGGUCCAACCACCACUAGCACGAGUGCAUCCUCACAGUCGGUCGCGGAAGCAGAUGCAGAGCGGGCCAAGCUGGACUUUGCCUUUCUCGAUCCGACGCGGUUGUGCUCCAAGCAGCACGUGCUGAGUGCGGUCAUGCAGGCGGCGGUGGUGUGCGCGAGGAGCUGGGAUGCGGACAGGCAGGUGUUCAGGGAGGGCGAGGGGAGCAGCGGCGGAAUGAAGUCCAAGACACCCCACUCGGAGGUGAUCUAUAUGCUCAACCCGGGUAAUAAUGUCGGAGAGUCGCUCAAAAGAUUUGGCCUAUCGCCCAAGUCGACGUCAUUGCUGCUGGUCAAGUUCUCGUCAGCUGAAGCGGAUCCGCAUACGAUACUUCAGAGCAUGAUUGAUGUCGUGUCCGAAAAGAAUCUCACAAUCCCUGCAUCGACAUCAAUAGAAUCGGCGGAAGACGAGAACAGCACAGUGGACAUCGAUCAGGCCAUCCGAUACGGUCACUUCGGUCCAGCACAGGCUAAGACGGUAACGGAUUGGAAAGAGCUCAACAAGAUCUACAAGCUUCAGAUCCCAUCUACCCUCCUCAACGAGGACGACCAACCUGGGCGGCAGGAAGAGUACGAAGAGAUCAUCUGCACCAGUGUCGCCAUGAAGCUCGUUGCUGCUUGA